GGGUGCUCCAGCCCCAUGCAAGGCAAGGGGCAGAGAGGACUGAGGAAAGAUGAAGUAGUGAGUUUUACGCUCUGUUCCAAAGAAAGUAAAGUUUGUGGCAACUCUAACCCACUGCAAGAAAUGAAAUUCACUGUUGGGCUGACUGUCAAAAAUGCUGUUUCCAGCUGCUCAACAGCUGUUGCAUUCCACCCCAGAGCUGGCUGCAUUUCAGGCUUGGAUGAUAGCCUACAGCAGUAUGUCCCUAAAUUUGAACGGGAGAAGAUAAAUGGUGAACAGCUGUUACAGAUUUCCCAUCAAGAUCUUGAAGAGUUGGGUAUCUCACGAAUUGGACACCAAGAACUAGUUCUGGAGGCUGUGGAUCUUCUCUGUGCACUGAAUUAUGGCCUUGAAACAGACAAUAUGAAGAACUUGGUUCUCAAAUUGCGAGCUUCUUCCAAUAACCUGCAGAAUUAUAUCAACAGCCGGAGGAAAAAUUCAAAUUAUGAUGGAAAAAUCUCACGCAAACCCCCCAAUGAAUUCCUCACCUCUGUGGUGGAGCUCAUUGGUGCUGCUAAAGCCUUGCUAGCAUGGUUGGACAGGGCCCCAUUUACAGGGAUUGCAGACUUCUCUGUGACAAAGAACAGAAUCAUUCAGCUCUGCUUGGAUCUUACCACCACGGUUCAGAAGGAUUGCACUAUGGCUGAAAUGGAAGAUAAAGUUCUGCAUGUAUCUAAGAUUUUAAAUGGAAUUUGUGAUAAGAUGAUCAGAUCAACCACAGAUCCAUUGUUGAGCCAGAGUGCAUGUCUAGAGGAGGUUCAUUUAACCAACAUUAAACCUGGGGAAGGCCUGGGAAUGUAUAUCAAAUCAACUUAUGAUGGAUUGCAUGUAAUUACUGGAACUACAGAAAAUUCCCCUGCUGAUCGAUCUCAGAAGAUUCAUGCUGGCGAUGAAGUGAUCCAGGUUAAUCGUCAGACUGUAGUGGGAUGGCAACUAAAAAACCUUGUGGGAAAGUUGCGAGAAAAUCCUGCUGGAGUUAAACUGCUACUUAAGAAACGUCCUACAGGCUCUUUUAAUUUUACUCCUGCACCACUGAAGAACCUACGCUGGAAACCCCCACUUGUACAGACCAGUCCUCCACCAACUACAACUCAGUCUCCAGAAAGCACCAUGGACACCUCAAUAAAGAAAGAGAAGCCAGCCAUCCUGGACCUCUAUAUACCUCCACCACCAGCUGUUCCAUAUUCUCCUCGGGAUGAAAAGGAGAGCCUCAUUUAUGGAGGAGGCAAUAAACAUAAGCAGCCAUUAUCUGGCUCCAAGGGGGCAGAGUCUCCUAAUUCUUUCCUCGACCAGGAAAGUCGAAGGCGAAGGUUUACUAUUGCUGAUUCUGAUCAGUUGCCUGGGUAUCCCAUGGAAGCAAAUAUCCUGCCAACAAAGAUGAGGGAAAAAACAGUGUCUUAUGGAAAACCUCGACCUCUAUCGAUGCCUGCUGAUGGGAGCUGGCUGGGAGCUGCAGAUCCUUUAUUGAGGCCACGUGUACCAGGGAGAAAAGGUGAAGAUGUCCUCUGCAGGUACUUCAGUAAUGAGAGGAUACCCCCAAUCAUUGAAGAAAGUUCCUCCUCGCAGCAACAUUUUGCAAGGCCAGGAGCUGACAGGCAGUUAGUGAGGGGCGCAGACUACAUCCGAGGCAGAAGGUGCUUUGUGAACACAGAUCUCCAUAACAGUGCAACCAUCCCUUUCCAGGAAGAAGGAGCUAAAAAACUUUCAGUUACAUCACCCACAAAAUCUUCCUCCACAGAGCCCUCACUAUUAGUCAGUUGGAUCACGAGACUUAAACUGUUGACUCACUGAUUGUUUAAUGGAAUGCAUUCUCAUCUUCUGUUACCAAGUGCCUUUGUUCCUCAGUAAAUUUCUCUCCUUUUCAGCUACAGUAUUACACACUGGCGUGUUGAUCUAUUCCUGGAGAGUUGUACACGCAUCCAAACAACCUCACUUUUGUGUGCCUGUGUGUGAUUUUUGAUGGCUCUAAUAUUCUGGAACAGAACGGAUUGGAUAAUGUGAGAUGGAAGUGCGCUAAAGGUCUAGCUUAUUUUUCCUGCCCCAAAGUUGAGAGAAUUCAGUCCUCUGGAAACAAGUAUGGCUCCAGUGAAUGCAGGGAGUCACAUCUGAUCUGAAAUCUGUAUGACCUGUACAGAAGCAAUCAUUGUGGUAUAGUGAGGUCCAGUGGCACUUGAUUUGCUAAAAUGCUCUGAUGCUGCACAACCUACUGGGUUCCUGAAUAUGUAGGGCUCAGCAGAAAUCUGGAGCUCUUCUGACCAGAAAGAUAUGGGAAACAUCUAUUUUGUAUAAUAGUGUGGUAGUGUGGCAUAUACAGCUGCAACUUUAACUUUGUAAGGAAUAAAGGUAGCUGUUUCUCUGUGAUAACCAGAGAAUUGUGUUAGCAAUACAUUGAACCUGGUUUAUAAUCCACUUUUUGAGAUGUCACUACAGGCAAACUAGUGGUCUCUGACUUGCUGCCGUGCUCAUCCAUAAAGAUGGGGAUUGCUACAACAUGCCAAGGAAGAGCAUGCAUAGAGGUGGUAAAAGAAAUUUAUCUUUCCUGCGUUAUUUAAGAAUGAUUUGCUGUCUACCAAAGUAUCCUUUUAAAAACAAACCUGACUGGUUUUAUGGAACCGCUACAGUGGUUCAGUUUUUGAACUGAUAUGUGUUUUCAGAAAGAAAAAAUCGCGACAUAUUAUAGUUGUAAGACACCUGCCUAUUUUUAAAUAAGGCUCCAAAUUUUCACCUCCCUAAGUCUCAAGUAGCAGCAGGUAGGGGGGAAAGCUUGUAAAGUUAUGCUUAUUAAAGAAUCCAUUGUUUAAAAGUGAAUGUACAAAAGGUUGUUAGUAUGCAAAAUGUGUUUAAUUUAAGUGUUAAAUAUAGCUGUAUAUUUUUUUUACUCUUAACCAUAUGUAGUUUGUACAUUCCUAGCUAUAGCACUGUGCACUAAUUAACCAAUGCCAAAAAUACUGUUAAGUUUUCCAUUAAAUCAACUGCCAAGUGCGGCACAGGGUGACCUUGUAAUAAUGACAGCCUCCUACAUUAAAGAAAGAAAAAACAGUUCAACAGUUUUUAAAGUCUUUGUCUGUACUAUGGAUUUUAGCAUGUUGGGGUACUGCCCUGAAGAUGUUACAACAUGGCAUGGUUUUGUCUAUGUAGAUGUGACCAAGCUGAAGUUUUAUGAUAUAGAAUUCUGUUACUGCCCUCUAAAGACCAGCGGGUUACAUUGAGCUCUCUGGCAUGCUAUGUCGAAUUCAGUCGUGUGAGUUACAUGAAGUGGAGUCUGUCUAUAGAGCAGUAAUACCAUUCUGUAACAUGGUUAUAAUACAGUUUGAUCCCAUGUCCAUACGCAUGACCACAGUAAGGGCACUACUGCCCUAGUUUCCUCCAACAUGACAGAACUUGUAGUUCAGAGAAGACCAAACGCACUUGUAGCUCAGUUGAGUUCUAUCUUUUUGGAUGGGGUAGAGCUGAGUGCAGAAAUGGCUUUGGUAUAAAUACAUCUUGGCAAUUAACAACCUAGAGUGUAGUCCAUCCCUGUGCACACAAGCUAGGCUGACUACUGUUGAACUGUGGCAUAGUAUACAAGUUCUACUUGCCUUUGAUAUCCGAUGUUUAAUACGCACAAAGGUGUAUCUAGAAACACAUGUGGAUGGUCAUGUGUUCUGAUGGGUGGAAUCAGGAAUGUGUAAUGCUUUUUGUUGUUGCAGGGUUGCACCCAAAGAAUACUUUUUCCCUUUCUGGGUCUACUAGUGGGGCUCAUCCAGUCUGAUUUUCUGGAAGCCACACUUGGUCUAACAAGAAUAGUGAGAAAGGUAUGCCUUAAUUUAGCCCAAGUAGUUUAAAACUUUGGGAAUCAUUACAGCUUAAUCUGCAUUGGUUUAUAAACUAUGCUUGAGAGUGGUUCUUAAUCCUAACCAUAGUUUGGAUCUUAAGUUUACCUUAUUCUGUUUCAGCCAAAAAUCUAAAAAACUCUCCCAGCUAUUCCCUCUUCCUCCUCUCUGCCUUUUCUUUUAAGUUGAGCUGCAAAGCAUUCUUGCCCUUUAUUCUGCUUAUAAAACAUAGCUUCAGACUUCUUAAUAAAAAUGAAUGACAUUACAACAAGGUUUUUACUCUUUGUUGGAGGAACCCAAGAGUGAUGCCAGACACACAGCUGUAGCGGUACUGCCCCAUUUUUCCACACCUCCCUCCCCAGUGAAAGAGGUUGUGAUACUGAUUCUAGGGACCAGAUUUUUAAAGUUAUUUAGUUUCAGAUAAGAACUUGAGAGAACCUAUUAGGUGUCUAAGUGCCUAAUUGAUGUAAAUCUUGAUGUCCCUUUGAUUUCAAUGGGAAUUCAGUGCCUGGACACUUCAGAAAAUCCCACUAUCUUCUAUUUAUGUUGGCACCUAAUUGCUUUAAAACAUGGCAAUUGGUCUUAAUUUUUUUCGUGUACAUCUUGAAAUGUAAGGCCAGAAGGUACCAUUAGAUUGUCUAGUCUGACAUACACACAAUGGCCUGUGAUAAUAUAGUAUGUCUACAUUACAAUUAAAAAUUUGAGCCUGGUUUGUCCCAGCUGACUCGGGCUUAUAGGUCUUGGGCUAAGGGGCCUUUAAUAAGUGUAGACAUUUGGGCUAAGGCUGAACUCGAGGAUCCCACAACAUGGGAGAGUCCCAGAGCUCAGGCUGCAGUUUAAGGGCGAACACCUAUUCUGCAGUUAAAGAGCCUCUUAACCCAAAUCCUGUGCAAACUGACAUGGGCCAGUUGAGAGUAUGUAAUUGCAGUGUAGGCAUACUGUAAACUUCUCCCAGAUUAGACCCAAGCAUUUUAGUCCUCAGGAAAGGCAGAGAACAGUGGGCAUGAGGUGCCAUCAAUGGCAUGGAAAUAAGAUUAGGUGGAAUAUACCCAGACAAUCCUAGCAGGCCUCUUGGGCUCCAGAGAAAGGUGAAAAAAUCCAAUGGUCACUGAGCAUGUGGUCAGGACACCCAAGCCAAUCAUGAGAGAGGCUUCUUUGGAACACCUCAGAGUGCUGCACACUUAUUUUUGCUUUACAUUGCACCUUGGAGAAAGUUGGUUCAAUAAAAGAUAUCACAUCA